AUGAGCACUAAAUUGGCUACAAUCUUUAUACUUUGCUAUGUAUUUCACAUAUGCAAAAGCAACUCCAUUGAUCCAUGUCCAUCUCAACAAGAUGACUCUGAUCUUAAGGUAUUUCCCAUGUAUGGGAAAUGCUCACCAAUCAACCCACCAAAAACAAUGUCAUGGGAUGACAGAGUCAUAAACAUGGCCUCCAAAGAUUUUGACCGAGUUAACUUCCUAUCAAAAUUAAUAGCCAAACAACCCACCUCUUCAGCUUCAGCACCAAUCGCUCCGGGCCAAAAUUUCAACAUCAACAACUACGUUGUUCGUGUCAAAAUCGGAACACCUGGUCAACUCCUCUUCAUCGUUCUUGACACAAGUACCGACGAGGCUUUUGUCCCUUCUUCCGACUGCACUGGUUGCUCUGCAACAAAAUUCUCUCCAAAAUCCUCCACCAGUUACGUCCCAUUGAACUGUUCCUCUCUACAAUGUAGUCAAGCCCGUGGGCGUUCAUGCUCACUCACGGGCUCUGAUGUGUGUUCCUUCAACCAAUCUUACGCAGAUUCUUCUUUCUCUGCUACACUCGCUCAAGAUUCGGUUACAUUAGAUGGAAAUGUUAUUAUUCCUAAUUUCUCUUUUGGAAGCAUUAAUGCUAUCUCCGGUGCCUCAAUUCCAGCUCAAGGGCUUUUGGGCUUGGGCCGUGGCCCGUUAUCUUUAUUAUCUCAGACCAUGUCAACUUUCUCCGGUGUGUUUUCUUAUUGUCUACCGAGUUUUAAAUCUCACUAUUUUUCCGGGUCACUUAAACUCGGACCAGUGGAUCAGCCCCAAACCAUUCGAACAACACCUCUUCUUAGCAAUCCUCGUCGUCCGUCUCUUUACUAUAUCAACUUAACUGGAAUUAGUGUGGGUAGUGUGAAUGUCCCUAUACCCAACAAUCUUCUAGCAUUUGAUCCGAAAACAGGAGCUGGAUCGAUAAUCGAUUCAGGUACGGUUAUAACCCGCUUUGUGGAACCGGUUUACAAUGCAACAAGAGAUGAGUUUAGGAAACAAGUGAAAGGACCAUUUUCGAGCUUAGGAGCAUACGAUACAUGUUUUCCGGAAACAUCUGAAACAACGGCACCUGCUAUUACGUUGCAUUUCCAGGAUUUGGAUCUGAAGUUGCCACUAGAGAAUGGUUUAAUUCAUAGUACUUCGGAGCCGUUGAUAUGUCUUGCAAUGGCGGCUGCACCGAGGAAUGUGGAUUCUGUGUUGAAUGUGAUUGCUAAUUAUCAACAACAGAAUUUGAGGAUUUUGUUUGAUACAGUAAACAAUAAGGUUGGCAUUGCGCGCGAGCUUUGUAACUAG